CUUGUUUGCUCAGAUGCAGCCGCAGCGACGGACAGCAAAGGCAGGCGAGCACCCCGCUCUGCCGGGCAGCGCACGUGCCUUGGGCCGCCUUUAUCCGACGCGGCCGGGCACCGAAAUAGCAGCUGCCCUCGUGAGAGGGGUCGUGCGACCCGGCAUGAGGACAAGGCCAUGAGAGCUGGGCACAAG